GAUGAAGAUCCAUUGAGAGGAUGUUUGAGUUGUUUCAUUUUCUAAUUCAGUUUACAACAAUUCCAUCACCUGAUAGUCUAAUUGUGACGCAUUUAAUCAAUUAAUUGUUCGUCUUGUAUUCUAAUUGACUCGAUGAUGUGUUAGAACAAUUAAUAAGCUUUGGAAUUGUCAACAAUUAAGAAAAUAGAAUCGAUUGUUUUUCUUUUUCUUCUCAAAAAGUGUCAAUGUUUCAUUCCUGUUUUCCUUUCUUCUUCAACGUGUUAUUUAUUUAAUCCACUGUAACUGGUUUAGUGUGAUGAGAGUUUUCAAUUUCCAGAAUUAAUAUCACAAUUAUGAUUAUCCUUUUCAUUGGUCCAGUAUUAAAGGAAAUCAAUCUCAUCAUAAUCAACGCUUUAAACAACAACAACAACAGUUGAUCAAAUAGAUGUAACAUCGAUAAUCACUGAUAAUCAAACGUUAAUUGUUCACUGAUGGCCCUUAAUUUUGCUUAUGCUGGUCGUGUCUUGGUUGGUGUUGUUUUUGUUUGGUUACUGUUGAUAUUUUUCAUUGGUGGUCCUCUCCUUAAACGGACUGAAGGUGAUUAUAGUUUGAUUAACAGUGAAAAUGGUGAAUUAAUAUUGGCCAGAUUAUCUCGUGCUACCAGUGAAUUGGACUCCCUGAAAGCUCAAAAUGAAGAGCUUCGAAAUUUGUUACAAAAUUAUAUUCCAUUGGAUUUCCAGCUGAAUAAAGCAUCAGAUCUAUUGAAGGACAGUAAUGGUCCAUCUCCUCAAUUGCCUCUUGUGGCUGAGGCUCAGAAUCAGAAUUUACAGUCUCCCUUGUCAUCAGCCUUAGUACCAUCAUUGUCUUCAUCAUCUCCAUCAUCUGUACCUUUAUCAUCACCUUUUUCAUCAGUACCAAAUCUUAAAUAUGAACAGGCCAGAAGACGCCUUUCAUUUAGCUACAAUGAACUUGCAUUUUUCCUCAACAAUCAAUUUAAACACAACACAACUCUCCUUAAAUUUGUCAAUGAACAUCGGGCCAGUUUCAUGUAUGAUCUUGGAUCUCUAUCGGAUCGCGAUUAUGAAUGGCGUAAAAAUGAGCUUAAAAAGCUGACCAAAUUUUUCCUUGAUGUAGUUGACAAAUUACAGAAUCCUGUUGAUUGUGCCACCGCCAAUAAAUUGGUUUGUCGUUUAAACAAAGGCUGUGGAUUCGGCUGUCAAAUGCACCAUGUUUCUUAUUGCAUGGUUGUUGCUCUUGCCACCCAAAGAACGAUGAUAAUUGAUUCAAAUAAUUGGCGUUAUGUUUCAAAUCAAAAUGCUCAUGGGACAAGAGAACCCUCUUGGAACUUAAUCUUCCAACCAAUCAGCAGAACUUGUCUUACCGCCGAGGGAAAAUCUCGUAAACCGUGGAGCGAUGGUUCAACAGCCCAGGUCAGACCAUUUUCCCACCUUGAUUCAAAUCUCACUCAGAUCAGUGAAUCAGCUUAAAGUAUUUACAAUGAAUACUAAAUGUAUUCAAGUAGAGUUACAAUGAAUAUCAUCCUGAAUACGAUUCAGAUUUCACCCUGGCACCUUUGCCAAUUGUAUUCACUCACUUCCUUGCAUUGGAUUGCAAGGAAACAAACACUUAAACCAGUCACCUUGAAAAAAAAACACUCUAUCCAAUUCAAUCAAUUAAUAGAAAUUUAUCCUUUUACAUUUCACCCUAAUUCAGUUGACUGGUAUCUUUUGAUUGAAGUUUCAGUGAACAUGAAUUAGAGAUGAAAACU